UCUCAAAAUGCAAUGAAACUUAUUGUGUCAUAUGCGACAAUGCAAUGCACCCAUAUUUACGCAGCAGCACUCUAGAAGUACGAAACAAUAUACAAUUAGAACACGCAUUUCAUACGUGCUGCUGUAAUUUCUACCCAAACGUUUCUACCCCAUGUUCUUACCUAAUAUUAGGUAAGGCUAUUUAUUAGAUUCGAACUACCUAAUCGAAAAAAAAAACAAAUCAAGAGUUGUACCUAAAGCAAAUAUGAACAAAACAAGAAAAUGAAUCGGUAUCAUUCAACGUGUUACUUCUCUUUGGUUAUUAAAGGCAGUUCUGAAAAGUAAUGGAUCAAUCGUAUAAAUCAAAAUUCAAGUGCAGUGCAAAAAUAAACAAUCCAAAGUGCAACCGUCAUAAUCUACGGGGCAUGUCAUUAAGAUUGAUAGAUAAAAUUCAUUCUAUGGGAUAUACACAUGAAAUCGACGAAUCGAUGAGUAUUUGUGAGUCAUGUCGUGGAUUGAUAAGUCACAACAGAAGCCCGAAUACGAAAAAAUGCCGAUCGGAUGGAAACGACGAAACUAUGCAACCAUCAUUUAGUGGGCAGCAACAUCAUGAUGUUCCAGAACCAGAACCGUCAACGAGUGGUCAACAAAUCGAACAUGAGCUGGAUAUGGUACCAUCUAUUCCAUCAUUGGAGUCAAUUCCGUCAACAGAUCAACUACAGGGUCCCCAUAAUAUUGAGAAGUUUAAUACCAUUGCUGAAACAUUGAGUUUAUCGCCAAUCUCAUCUAGAAACAUGAGAAGUAUGGAAUAUCGCAUAAACAAAUCAUUGCAGAUUACGAAAGCAGUUCGAAAAAAUAUCUUCGGAAUAGAUUCAACGGAUGUUGGCAAAGUGGAGGCGUAUGACGAGAUAAUUAUGCAGUUAAAGGAUAAGUUCAAUCACCCUACAACUGACAGAAGCGAACAGAUUAAAAUACUAUCUGUACUUCCUAAGUCUUGGUCGGUAAAUAAAAUCACAAGAGAGUUUAACGCACCAAUGUAUAUGACGAGGCAGGUGAAGGAUCUUGUUUAUGAACAGGGUAUUCUUUGUACCACCGAAAAAAGAAGGGGGCAUGGUAUUGAUGACGAUACAAAACAAAUAGUAAGAGAAUUUUUUGAUGAUAAUGAUAUCAGCAGGCCAAUGCCAGGAACAAAUGAUUUUGUUUCUGAGGUUCGAAAUGGAAAAAAAAACAACAAUUUCAAAAACGACUUUUGAUGAUGUCGCUCAAAGAGGCUUAUAUGAUUUUUGUAGAUAUGUACAAAACUGUGAAUAUUGGUUUCACAGUAUUUACACAGUUGCGACCAAAGCAUUGUAUUUUACUUGAUUCUACUGGUAUACAUAAUGUAUGCAUAUGUACUAUUCAUGAAAAUGUAAAUUUAAUGUUCAACAGUAUAAGAAUUGUGUCACAAGAUGAAAUAAUACAAAAAAUGCUUUGCGGUAUUUCCACCAGAACAGAUAAUUGCUUUUUCCGUGCUUGUGAAAAGUGUGCUUGUAAUGAACACAUUGAAAAGGAACUUACAUUGAUAUUAGAAUCAAAUGACAAAGAAGAGAUUAUAUUUCAGCAGUGGUUGAAUACUGAUCGCUGUAAUUUAGAAACGAUUAUUAAACCUGUUGAUGAAUUUGUUCCGUAUCAUCUUGUUGAUAAAAUUGACAAACUUAUAACACACGACUUUAUUCAUAAACAACAAUCAUCAUUUCUCAGAAAUAAAAAAGAUACAUUAAAGGAUGAUGAAAUUCUUGCGGUUUGUGAUUUCUCUGAAAACUAUUCAUUCCUAAUUCAAAACGCUGCUCAAGGAUAUCAUUGGAACAACUCGCAAGCAACAAUACACCCAUUUGAAAUUUACUAUAUGAAAGAUAAUAAACUUGUAAAUGUUAGCUUCAUUAUCAUAUCGGAAGUAAUGGCUCACGAUACAGUUGCGGUCCAGUUGUUCAUCUCAAAAAUGAUAGAUUUUAUGAAACAAUUAACGAACUUUUCUAAAAUUUAUUUUAUGUCUGAUGGGGCAGCAUCACAAUACAAAAAUAAGAAGAACUUUGCUAGUCUAUGUAGAUUCCAGUCAAAGCAUGCAUUAAGAGCAGAAUGGCAUUUUUUUGCAACGUCCCACGGUAAAGGUCCAUGUGAUGCUAUUGGUGGCACUCUCAAGCGAAUGGCAAAGAGAGCAAGUCUUGCUCGAGAUUAUGGAAAUACCAUAACGACUCCACGAGAGUUAUAUAACUGGGCAGUUGUACAGACAGAUAAAAAUAUAACUAAAUUUAAUUUCUGUUACGUAUCCACUGAACAGUACAUUAAAAUGUCAGAAGAUCUCGAAGAAAUAUAUAAUAACACCAAUACAAUACCAGGCACUCAGAAAUUCCAUAGUUUUUUGCCUAUUCCUGGCGACAAAGUAAAGGCAAACAGGUAUUCUAAUUCAGAAGAUGAACCAAAAAUAUUUAGUAUGAUCGGAAAAAAAAUAGAAAAGAACAUGUUUGAAAUUGGCUCUAAGACACAUAUAUAUAUAUU